AUGGGCGACCUCUCUCAUUUUCUACCUCCCCUUAUCCUCCUCGCCCUCUUCAGACCUGCUUUCUGCAUGCCACUCACAGCAUCACUCACACGACGAUAUGUCCCACCAGAAACCUACGUCGCUGCAGCCAAACUCUCAGCAAAAGCCAUAAUCCUCAUCGUCAUCUUCGUCCUCGUUUCCGUGAUACUCAGCACGUGCACAUGCUACAUCUGUAUCAAACGAAGGCGUUCCCGAGCACGAGCUCGUCGUCUUGCUAGAGAGCGAGAGCAAUCCAAACAAUUGAAGCCGAGGAUCAAUAAAAGGAAUGCGAGAUUCUUUGCUCCGGGACUAGUCAUGGACAAAAUUGAAAGGGACAGAUUGAGAGACAUGAGGGAGACGGAAAAGGCUUGGGCGGGUAAGGAGGAUCAGUAUGAGAUGUGGAAGAUGAAUUCCGGGGUACAUGUUGAAGAGUUGAAGAGGCCAGAGACAGCUAAGGGUGGUUGGAGGGAGGUUUUGAGGGGGGUUGUGGUGAAGAAGUGA